AUGUUAUUGAAACUACUUCUACUCGGCGUCGUAGGCUUGGCCUACGGACGGCCGCAGUUCGACUGUCCCAACGAUGGACAACAGUACUUCCUUCCACAUGAGACAGACUGUUCGCUAUAUUACAUAUGCAAGAAUGGACAGAAGCAAGUGGCGUCCCAAUGCCCCGUGAACACGUUAUUCUCGUCUGUGAAACAGGGCUGCGAUUUGCCAGAACAAGUUCAAUGCGGCGCAACAGAUGACAAACUUAUAAAAAAGAAUAGCAUUCAGAUCGGAUGUCCAAAGGACUUCUUCGGGGUUCUUCGUCUGCCACAUGAGAGUGACUGUAGAAAGUUCUACAACUGCCAAUUUGGUUUAAAGUUUGUGCAAGAAUGUGGGGAGGGAGAACACUUCAAUCCGAUAAGGCGGAGAUGCGAUGAUAUCUCCGCAGCCAAUUGUAAAGUUGACACUGAUUUGAAUCAAGGCAGUCAGAAUUCAAAGAAUGACACGAACACCGACUCCGAAUACUUCCCCAACGGAUGCCCCAAGGACUACAGGAGGGAGAGGCUGUUCCCCCAUCCGAGAUGUGACAAAUUCUACCAAUGCGUCCACGGCUCCUACCAAGAAAUGCCAUGUGGACCUGGAACACAUUUCAGCGUCAAGUUACAGAAAUGCACGUGGCCACAUUUAGCUAAUUGUACGGAGGGAGAAAGUGGUGGUGGCGGCGGUGGAGGUGGAGACAAUGGAGGCGGCGACAAUGGAGGCGGCGACAAUGGAGGCGGCGACAAUGGAGGCGGCGACAAUGGAGGCGGCGACAAUGGAGGCGGCGACAAUGGAGACGGAGACAAUGGAGGCGGAGACAAUGGAGGCGGAGACAAUGGAGGCGGAGACAAUGGCGGCGGCGACAAUGGAGGCGGAGACAAUGGAGGCGGCGACAAUGGAGGUGGAGACAAUGGAGGUGGCGACAAUGGCGGCGGUGAUGGCGGUAAUGGUGGAGACGGAGGUAACGGAGGGGGUGGCGGUGACGGCGGCAAUGGUGGAGAUGGUGGAAAUGGAGGCGAUGGUGGUAAUGGUGGAGACGGAGGCAACGGAGGUGGCGGCGGUGAUGGCGGCAAUGGUGGAGAUGGUGGAAAUGGAGGUGAUGGAGGCAAUGGUGGAGAUGGAGGCAACGGAGGUGGCGGCGGCGAUGGUGGUAAUGGUGGAGACGGAGGCAAUGGAGGUGGCGGCGGUGGCGGCGGCGAUGGUGGUAAUGGUGGAGACGGAGGCAAUGGAGGUGGCGGCGGUGAUGGCGGUAAUGGUGGAGAUGGUGGAAAUGGAGGCGAUGGAGGCAAUGGAGGUGAUGGAGGCAACGGAGGUGGCGGCGGUGAUGGAGGCAAUGGUGGAGAUGGUGGAAAUGGAGGCGAUGGAGGCAAUGGAGGUGACGGAGGCAACGGAGGUGGCGGCGGUGAUGGCGGCAAUGGUGGAGAUGGUGGAAAUGGAGGCGAUGGAGGCAAUGGAGGUGACGGAGGCAACGGAGGUGGCGGCGGUGAUGGCGGCAAUGGUGGAGAUGGUGGAAAUGGAGGUGAUGGAGGCAAUGGUGGAGGUGGCGGCAACGGAGGCGAUGGCGGCAAUGGUGGAGAUGGUGGAAAUGGAGGUGAUGGAGGCAAUGGUGGAGAUGGAGGUAACGGAGGUGGCGGCGGCGAUGGUGGUAAUGGUGGAGACGGAGGCAAUGGAGGUGGCGGCGGUGAUGGCGGCAAUGGUGGAGAUGGUGGAAAUGGAGGUGACGGAGGCAACGGAGGUGGCGGCGGUGAUGGCGGCAAUGGUGGAGAUGGUGGAAAUGGAGGUGAUGGAGGCAAUGGUGGAGAUGGAGGCAACGGAGGUGGCGGCGGCGAUGGUGGUAAUGGUGGAGAUGGAGGCAACGGAGGUGGCGGCGGCGAUGGUGGUAAUGGUGGAGACGGAGGCAACGGAGGUGGCGGCGGUGACGGCGGCAAUGGUGGAGAUGGUGGAAAUGGAGGCAAUGGAGGUGACGGAGGCAACGGAGGUGGCGGCGGUGAUGGCGGCAAUGGUGGAGAUGGUGGAAAUGGAGGUGAUGGAGGCAAUGGUGGAGAUGGAGGCAACGGAGGUGGCGGCGGCGAUGGUGGUAAUGGUGGAGACGGAGGCAAUGGAGGUGGCGGCGGUGAUGGAGGCAAUGGUGGAGAUGGAGGCAACGGAGGCGAUGGCGGCAAUGGUGGAAAUGGAGGUGAUGGAGGCAAUGGUGGAGAUGGAGGUAACGGAGGUGGCGGCGGCGAUGGUGGUAAUGGUGGAGACGGAGGCAAUGGAGGUGGCGGCGGUGAUGGCGGCAAUGGUGGAGAUGGUGGAAAUGGAGGUGAUGGAGGCAAUGGUGGAGAUGGAGGCAACGGAGGCGAUGGCGGCAAUGGUGGAGAUGGUGGAAAUGGAGGUGAUGGAGGCAACGGUGGAGAUGGAGGCAACGGAGGCGAUGGCGGCAAUGGUGGAGAUGGUGGAAAUGGAGGCGAUGGAGGCAAUGGUGGAGAUGGUGGAAAUGGAGGUGAUGGAGGCAAUGGUGGAGAUGGAGGCAACGGAGGUGGCGGCGGCGAUGGUGGUAAUGGUGGAGACGGAGGCAAUGGAGGUGGCGGCGGUGAUGGCGGCAAUGGUGGAGAUGGUGGAAAUGGAGGUGAUGGAGGCAAUGGAGGCGAUGGCGGCAAUGGUGGAGAUGGUGGAAAUGGAGGUGAUGGAGGCAAUGGUGGAGAUGGAGGUAACGGAGGUGGCGGCGGCGAUGGUGGUAAUGGUGGAGACGGAGGCAAUGGAGGUGAUGGAGGCAACGGAGGUGGCGGCGGUGAUGGAGGCAAUGGUGGAGAUGGUGGAAAUGGAGGUGAUGGAGGCAAUGGUGGAGAUGGAGGCAACGGAGGCGAUGGCGGCAAUGGUGGAGAUGGUGGAAAUGGAGGCGAUGGAGGCAAUGGUGGAGAUGGUGGAAAUGGAGGUGAUGGAGGCAAUGGUGGAGAUGGAGGCAACGGAGGUGGCGGCGGCGAUGGUGGUAAUGGUGGAGACGGAGGCAAUGGAGGUGGCGGCGGUGAUGGCGGCAAUGGUGGAGAUGGUGGAAAUGGAGGUGAUGGAGGCAAUGGAGGCGAUGGCGGCAAUGGUGGAGAUGGUGGAAAUGGAGGUGAUGGAGGCAAUGGUGGAGAUGGAGGUAACGGAGGUGGCGGCGGCGAUGGUGGUAAUGGUGGAGACGGAGGCAAUGGAGGUGGCGGCGGUGAUGGCGGCAAUGGUGGAGAUGGUGGAAAUGGAGGUGAUGGAGGCAAUGGUGGAGAUGGAGGCAACGGAGGUGGCGGCGGUGAUGGCGGCAAUGGUGGAGAUGGUGGAAAUGGAGGCGAUGGAGGCAAUGGAGGUGACGGAGGCAACGGAGGUGGCGGCGGUGACGGCGGCGGUGACGGCGGCAAUGGUGGAGAUGGUGGAAAUGGAGGCGAUGGAGGCAAUGGAGGUGACGGAGGCAACGGAGGUGGCGGCGGUGAUGGCGGCAAUGGUGGAGAUGGUGGAAAUGGAGGUGAUGGAGGCAACGGAGGUGGCGGCGGUGACGGCGGCAAUGGUGGAGAUGGUGGAAAUGGAGGUGAUGGAGGCAAUGGUGGAGAUGGUGGUAAUGGUGGAGACGGAGGCAACGGAGGUGGCGGCGGUGAUGGAGGCAAUGGUGGAGAUGGUGGAAAUGGAGGCGAUGGAGGCAACGGAGGCGAUGGAGGCAAUGGUGGAGAUGGAGGCAACGGAGGUGGCGGCGGUGACGGCGGCAAUGGUGGAGAUGGUGGAAAUGGAGGUGGCGGCGGUGAUGGCGGUAAUGGUGGAGAAGGUGGAAAUGGCGGUGAUGAUGGUUCUGAUGGAAAUGAUGGUCGUAAUAGAUGCAAAGAAGAUUGUCAUGUUCCAUUCUGGAAACACGAAACGGACUGUGACAAAUUUUGGCGUUGUGUUGGGGAGGAAGCAGUGAUCGGUGUAUGUACAGAAGGCCUCCGGUUCAACGAACAGGCACAAACGUGUGACUUUGCGUGCAAUGUGGACUGCGAGAGAAAGGAAAUUCAGUCGACUGCUGGCGUCGAUGGAUUGAAACUAUUCCUUCCAUGGAAUAGGGCCGAUGCUAUCCUGGAAAUAUUGCGAAGAAGUGACAAAAUUAGAAACACACCCCAUAUCAAAUACUAA